CGCGCACGUGCGCGUGCACAGAGGGCGGAAAUGCAGCGGAUGUCGGUGAUUUUGAAGCGGAGCUGCAGGAUCUCAGCUCUGCUGGGCUCGUGAUGGGGAAGCAUUUCUUCAGUGAGACGGACAUCAAGAGCGUGUGGGAGCAGGUGUCCACGGCCUUCUGGCAGAGAUACCCUAACCCAUACAGCACUCAUGUUCUGACAGAAGACGUGGUUUUUCGCGAGGUGACGUCAGAUAACCUGCUCCUGUCCCGACGGCUCUUCACGAAGACCAAUCGCAUGCCUCGCUGGGCGGAGCGCGUCUUCCCGGGAAACCUGUCGCGUUCGGUUUACAUCAUCGAGGACUCAGUCGUCGACCCCGCAAACAGAAGCCUCACCACGAUGACCUGGAACAUAAAUCAUGCCACGUUUAUGCGUGUCGUGGAGCGCUGUGUGUUUCUCGGCGAGCGGGACCGGCCUGUCUGGACUCGGAUCACCAGGGAAGCCUGGAUCUCAUCAGGAGUCUUCGGCCUCUCCAGACCCAUACAGGAGUUUGGUUUGGCCCGGUUCAGGAGUAACCAGGCGAAAGCUAUGAAGGGUUUGGAGCACGCGCUAUCAAAUCUACAGAAAGCUUCGACCGCAUGUCACGGAGAUCCUGCAGAGAAACACAAAACCCUGAACUCUGCCUCCAAAACCCAGAAACCCCAGCAAUACAUAUGAUCCAUAUAUGAUCCAUAUAAACACUGCCGAG